AUGGGAUCAGCAAUUAGCGUAAAUAAUAAUAACCCAAAUAAUGAAAUAAAUAGUUUAAAUAAUAUUUUAAGAACUUUACAAGAGAACAACAACAACAACAAUAAUAAUGUAGAUUUAGAAGAAGGCAGAAACGGGGGGGAAAAUGCAAAUAAUACAAACAAUGGGGGGGGCAUCCAACUUACAUCACUUUCUUCGAUUAUUCCUCAAAUUCAUAAUACAAAUACAGUUAAAAGCUUAAUAAAUAUAGAUAAAGAUACCAUUAGAUUUAUCAGAACUGAUAUUGAUGUAAUACACCAUCAGCUUACCGAUAACAUUAAAAAUACCAGCAAUAAUAAUAAUAAUGAUAGUAAUGAACAGGUAAUUGAUAUAAAUGAUACCACUACUACCACCACAACAACAACAACAACCACUACCACCUCAACUUCAACUACAGUUGCAGAAAAAAGAGCAAAUGGUGAAUAUGACUUAACAUUUACUUUUGACUCUGAAGAAGCUUGUAUUAUAGAUAUAUAUUUUUCAUCCUAUGAAAAUGUUGAUGAAGAUUUUGAUAAUAGAAUAACAUCAAAACUACAUCUUGGUCCAUUUAAUUUUCCUGCAGGGUUAAAUCAAAAAUUAGUUUUGUCAUCAUUUGACCAAAGUAUUGACCUUUCAAACUAUUAUGAAUCUGAAAUUUUAAAUUGUAAUAUAGAAAAAUCUUUAUUUCCAAUGAUUAUAUCAUUAAAAACAGUAUCAUUCAACAAAAAUAAAAACAAUACCAAUAAUCCUGUUUCACUUACCAAACCCAACGAUGAAUCAGCUCCAAACACUACAACAGCCUCACCAACAAAUAACACAGAGUCAAAAAAUAAUAGCGAUAAUAUUUUAAAGGCACAACAUACAUUUUUAACACUUUUAAAAUGCAAUGACUCAACCUAUGCUUUAAAACCACUAAAACAAAAGACAUUUUUUAACGAAAAGGUAUUUUUAGUUCAUGAUAUUUAUGGUAUAGAACCACAUUUAGAGGAUAACAAAGAAUGUGUUGCAUGUUUAAACGACCCAAAAGAAGUUUUAGCAAUCCCAUGCCGUCAUUUUUGUUUAUGUAGCAAAUGUGCUGAAGUUAUGCGUAGUGUCUCCAUCAAAUGCCCAAUUUGUAGAUCACAUUUUUUUUAUAAUCCAGCGAUUAGAGCGUUACUUAAAAUUGAUUUAAAGCAACUAUCAAACAAUAACAAUAAUGACAAUAAUAGUGAAUAA